AUGUUGUACCAAAGAAUGGUCAUUUCCGAACAAAGUCUCAAAAGCGACCCGUACCCUUAUCAGGAAAAGAUUUUCAUCUUUGCUGAUCCAGAGCUGCUCUCUGAAGCCAUCUGCAACGCACUGGUCACCGACACGGAGGCAGCUCAGGUCUCCCAGAGCCCCCGGGCAUGCAUGUGCUAUGUGAUCAUCCAUACCAUGCAGGCGGCCCUGGGCGAGGGCUGCGACAUCAGCGGCUUGAAGGCAAGCCUCCAGGUUAUGCCCACGAGCAACGUUGAGCACUGGUUCCGGCAAGUGGUGGCAGCAGUCGAGUGUGCAGGAAACGAGGCGAGCGCAGACCGUGGCCAGCAUGCAGCGAGGCUGGAGAAGAUUUAUGGCGCCGUCCUCAGCUCCUUGCAAGCAGGUGAUGCUCCCCUGGGAGGGCUGCAGGGUACCCCUCUGCCCAACCCCAACAUCAGCUUUCACCUCUGGACAGAAGACGACCAGCUCUGGAAGGAACUGGUGCUGUUCAUCCGCCCGCUGUCGCAGAGCUGCGAGCCUGACUGCCUAAGCCAGGACCUGGACAACUUCGAGAUCCAGGACAUCAUUUCGGACUGCGAGUGCUGCGAGCAGACCCGCUUCUCCGUGCUCUCCACUGACAGUGGCAUCGAACGAGACCUGCCCACGGCAGUUGAGGAGCCCUUCGCCCCUUGCAGCGCCGAAACGGAGCAAUCCCGGCUCCACAGGAAGGGUGGCAUUAAAAAAAAGCCAUCACCACUGGAGAGCGUGGCCUUCCUGCAGGCUGGCUGCAACAGUCCUGGGGUGAAGCCCCCAGCGAAGCUGCAGAGGAGACUGGGCAUCCCCCCGGAGCCUGCAGCCCCGCUCCAGAGGCUGCACACUGCCCGCAUCGUGCUGCUGGGGGAUGACCGGAUCCUGGGGCGCCUGGCCCAAGCCUACCACUCUUUGAGGAAACGAGAAACACGUCGAGUUUUCCUGACUCCCAGGCUGAACCUGCAGUUCUACUACAUCCCGGUCGUGACAGGGCAGCCAAACACCUUGGCUGUUACGGACCACGCUGCCACCGGCCAAGAGGAGCUCUGCGAGGUGGCCAGGUACCUGAGCAGAGCCGACCCGUGGUACGAGAGCAACAUCAACACGCUGUGCCACGUGAUUCCCAAGCUGGCCACCAUGCCUUCCUCUCCGAGCAAACAUCUUGUGACUGAUCUGUUCAUCACUGAUGUGAUCGCUUACUACGUUCGCAUGGGCAUCCAGCCUGUCUGCUUCCAGGUCUACGCUGUGAAGAUUUUCUUCAAUGACCCGUCACAGGAGCCGGCCGAGGACGUGUUCCUCACGGAGCUGCGCACCCAGGUGCAGGAGAGCAUCUUCCACAGAGAGUUAAGCAUGACCAAGAAGAAAACGACCCUGGAUGGCCCUGGCAUAGAUCUCACAGUAACAUACAGAAAGGUUGUGGUGAGCGACCGGGCAAAGGAGCUGGCUAUGUCCCUGCGCUCCACAGGUCUGGUGAUGAAAGCCGUACCUGCCGAUGAGGCUGAAGACCUGGUAUGUCUGAAUGUGAACAUCACUGAAAUCAUUAGGAUCAACAACUUGUCGGGACGAUCGUUCUCAUGAGACGCUCACUGGGCUCUUCCUCCUCUCUCAAUCCAGGCUGUGGCAAACAGGUUGAAAACACGCAAUAUCAAAAUCAGGAGCACAGAGCAGAGGCCCUUCACGGUGUGUCUGGACAAGGACAGCAGAAGAGCCUACAGGAACGUGAUCAGCGUGGAAGUGUCUCCUUGCCUAGAGCCCAGCUACUGCUUGCAAAAGACAAGGACAAUGAAAUUCAACCUGCACGAAACAGAAGAUGUGGGGCUUGUGAAGUACAUGCCCAAGUCUCUGCUGUUGCCUAUCAACACAUUUGCAGGCGUCAUCCAAUGA